AUGUUCGGCUCGAAUAAUGGAAGCUCGACACUUUUUGGUGGAGGUCUGAACACUUCUACGCCAACAUCAAAGGUUGUUUCAACUGAUAGUACUUUUCAACCGAGACAGAAGACAGCAACGGGUGGACUUUUUGGUGCUUCAAACAUUGGUGCUUCAAAUGGGACAUCAACCCCAAGCCCUUCAGGGGGUCUCUUUGGCAACAACAGCAAUAGUGGCAAUACUCAGAGCUCAAUAAGCACUUUCGGUGGUGCAAAAAAUCCAAGUUCUUUAUCAACUGGCUUAUUCGGCAAUAGCACGAUGGGCAAAGACUCAAACCCUACAUCUGGUGGACUCUUUGGCACGAGCGCGGCUCAAAAAGGUCCAGGGUUUAGCGGCGGUGGCCUUUUUUCUCAGCAGAAGAGUACUCCGACCAAUUAUAAUAAUGUCGGGAGCUCUCUCUUUGGCAAUUCGGCCAACACGUCGAGCACAUCUGGUGGUCUCUUUGGCGGUUCCACUGCUGACAACAACUUCGAUCAGAGAAACCAAAAUCCAGGCUCUAAUCUGUCAAAUGGUGGAGUAUUAAAUGGAAACUUUGGUGGCUUACUUAAAAACAGGCCCAACACUGGCGGUUUUGGUUCAGCCAGCGCAGGAACAAGCGCAGGAUCACUUUUUUCUACAGCUUCUUCGCAACCGAGUCAGAAUGUAGGCUCUGCAUCCGCCAACCCUUAUGGUCUGCAAUUCAGUAAUAUUGCUGCAAGCAGCGGGGCACGUAUGCCAGAAUCUAUUACUUCAAAUGCCUCGAAAUUGGAACCGUCCUCGCAUGCAAUAAGUGUUAUUGACAAACCUCAAAGCUCUGGGGCAUCUCCUCAAAACAGCGCGGCAGCAUUUUCAAACCUCAAAAACAAUACUAGUCUAAUUGGUAAACUGAGCUCCAGAUUGAAGACCGCUAGAAGGGCGCAACCAACGCAGGGUCUUUUUUCGCCAGCAAGAAAGUCCAUUCUGCGCCAAGAAUUUAGUCACGCGUCAGAUGAAGAGAUCAAGACGUCUCAGUCAAUUCCAUACCAAACGUCUGCCGAUGUUAGCGCUCAAAAUACCCCGAAUACUUCCUCCAAUUUGCGCAAACUUAAAAUUGAUACCAACAGAAGCGCCGCCAAGAAGGUCAAGCUUUUUAACGGCACAAGUGAAGCGACUCUCAUGAAGGUUCUCGGGGAGAAAAGAUCUUGCUCUGGAAAAGACGCGAUUGUUCUUGAGACUAAGCAUAAAGAUGAACUAGAUUCAAAAGUUGCAUCUGAGAUGAAGAGUGAUGAAGAGACGAACGAAACCUCAAGAGAUCACGGCUACUGGUGCUCGCCCCCCAUUCAACAGCUAACAAAACUUCCGAUCAAACAGCUUUGUAGCGUUCCAAAUUUUGUCAUUGGUCGCAAGGGUUAUGGUUCGAUAUCUUUCGACAAUGACGUCGAUUUAAGCUCCCUUGUUGAUGAUUUGGAAAACAACCUCUUUGGAAAAGUUGUGAUAUUUCAUAAGAACAGAACAGUCGAAGUGUAUCCGGAACACACUUCAAAACCUUCGUUUGGGUACGGUCUGAAUGUACCUGCUACAAUUACGUUGGAGAAAGUUUCCGCCCUCGAUAAGAGCACUAAAAUGCCUAUUAAAGACUACAACGCUACAGAAGUUCAAGUCUUAAUAAAAAGGCUUAAAAUGCAGAAAGGUAUGGCUUUUAUUUCCUACAACCCCACGGGGGGCCUGUGGACUUUCAAGGUGCAGCACUUCAGUAUCUGGGGUCUUGUAGAUGAAUCUGAAAUGGAUCAAGUCGAGGACGAAAACCCUCGCUUAAGCGAACGAAAAGUCGCUUUCCCUAAACACAUGCUGCCACCUAAAAAAACUCCUACUGAGCUUAGCUUGCAAAACACUGAGAAGCACUCUUUAGCAUCUCUGACUGAUCUUUCCGAAUCCCGAGACAUCUUACAGUCUCUGGAACCACAUAACGCUACCAUGUCUGACCUGAUUGAUGAAAAGCAAUAUGAACCCUCUGACGUUGGUGCCAAAGAUCUCAUUUACAUGGAGGAUCAGUCGGAACUCUCGGUAUCAGAUGAUUGGGUCUCUCAACUCAAACUUGCUGGUGAGUCCCCAAACUCUGUUUUCGCAUUUUCCAAAAAGCAAGAAUCAAAUGACAACGCAUUGUUUCCAUCGUUGGAAGCCAACCUUAAAAUUCGAAAACGGGUACGUAAAGAAAUGCGGGUAUUUGAGCCUGUUCCCUUUGCGAAAUUCUCAUUCGGCUCAAGGCUAUUGGUUCCUUCCCUAAAAGACACAAGCGGAUGCGCUCUGCGGCUGGUAGCAAAAAGCCAAAGUAAGGUGGUCACGAAAAUUAGUCGAACAUUUGAAGAAUGCUUCCCUUGCGCAAAUAUCGAGGCUCGCCUAGCAAAUGGAUAUCCGCUUGUUCAAAGUUGGUCAGUGACUAUUGAAAAACUUGGACAGUCGAUGAAUAUUGAGGACGAAGUCACUCUUUGGAGCAUGAUUUCCAUUCUUUUUGACGAGCCAGAUUACGGUGUGAACGAUGGUGAUCACAACGAAACCAGACGUUACAAAAAACUGUGUGACUGGGUAGUCCAUAGAAUAAAAGCCUCUCAUUCAACGGAUCUCGAGGCCACCGAAGAUCCAUUUGUACUGCUUUUCUACAGCUUGAUUGUGGGAGAUGUGAUAGGUGCCACGAAGCUCGCUAUAAAAACAGGGAACUCACAUUUGGCUAGUUUGAUAAGCUUACUCACUGUGCAUAAUCCAAAUGUGCAGUACCUGGCUCACGAACAAUUGAGAUUAUGGAGGUCGCUCAAUAGAAAAGUCGAGCCAUUCAUUAUCAAAAUAUACCAACUGUUAGCCGGUGACAUUUUUGAAAACGAAGCCUUGAUCAACUUUUUUAAAGAGCAUACCUGGAUGGAGUGCCUCGCAAUACAUUUACUAUACGGAAACAUGGAAAGUCUACCGCUGAGAGACGCUAUUUCGAAAUUUUUCCAAUACCCAUCAUACGACAAGAAAUCGAAGUUCGAGAGUGUCGUUUUCCGGAUUUUAAAGUUCUACAGCUCUAAAGUAAGAGACGAAAAACUCUUAGAGAGCACUCAAAUCUCGAGGGAUCCAUUCCAGUCCCAUAACACAUGGUUUUUAUUGCAAGCUCUCCGGUUCAAGAACGAUUGUCACUUCUCCGAUGAGAAGAUGGACAAAGUGACCCUACAUUUUUUCGAACAGCUGGUUUCGACCGGCCUCUACUUAGAAGCACUUUUCUGCUUAUUCUUUUUGAAUAGUGAUGAAUUGGCUAAGCGGCAAAUUGACACAUUGAUCUGUGAGCAUGUUAGCUUUUUCUCUCAGGGAUCUGCAAGAAGAGUACUUGAGAAUUUCAAAGUACCACCGUCUGUCAUUUUUAAUGCUUUGGCUCUUUACUCCAAGUAUACAGGUGACUUUUUCGCAGAAGCUGAAAAUUUGUUGGAAGGUGGACUUGCUGAUGCAGCUGCAGAAUGCGUAGUAACGAAGGUGGGGCCGGAGCUGGUUUUGAAGAGCAGUCGAGACAAAAGGAGAUUAGACACUUUGAGAGGUAUACUUGAGAAAAUUCUCAAACAACAUAUCACGGCGCCACAAAGUUACCUUCUUUUACUGACGGACUAUACACGAUUUAUUCUCGAUCGCGAUGCUGAUUUGGCCAUCAUGGAGAGAAUCAUGAAGACUUUACCAGCAUACUACUCAGAGUGUGGCAAAUCAGAGAUGGUUUCGAUAUGUUGUUCCAUUAUGUCAAGUAACGUAGCACUGUCAUAUUUGGACAAUCAUGUGAAUAAAGCGAACAUUACGGAGACUAGGGAGAGAAUAUUAACCCUUCCCAUGGGCGAACCUGAGCUGCAAUUUAUGAAGAGAAAAAUUGACUGCAAGUCAAUCUGA